GUUGUCCACAGGCGACAUGUCAGCUGCCAAAUGAUUUGUGUGGAGAUGGCGACAAGUGAACUGAGGCUGCAGCUCAUAGCAGACUGGAUAUGGCUUGAGAGAUCGACUGGGGAGUUGGAUACGACAAUUAGCUUUACAUAACCUGGGCUAACAACAUGCGCACCAAGGAAAGUUUUUUGUUCAUUUCACGCGUCGAACAGCAAAAUCGUGUAAAUAGCAAAGAAAGUAAAUUUCGGGGACUACCUUCAUUUAAUUUCAAUUCUACGCGAGCAAUCAGGUCACCUGCAAUCACGAUCUUAGCUUGUUUAUAAAGCUUAUAAAAGCCACACCUAUGCCAAAGUGGUGACCAGUAGUUGAUGUCAACCCAACAGCAUGUCAAGCAGUUGGAUCUAUCUAAUCCUCUUCAGCUUUUUACAGCUGUCGAGGGCAGAUGUCUCGCAUUAUUAUGCAGCACCUGCGGAAUUCUCGAGCUAUCCCUUUCAGUUUGCUUUGCCGCCACCACCAGCGCCGGCUUAUGUGCCCACUGCGCCGGCUGCACCACCACCAGUGGCGCCUGCUCCUGUUGCGCCUGUUGCUGCCACAACGGAGUUUUCAUUGCCUGAGAUUGUGGAGAAUCGCAGCUUGAAGCAUGGCAAUGCUCAUGGCAAUUUCAUUCCACUCAGUCAACAUUAUCUGCCGCCCACGCAGGAGCAGCGACCCAACUAUGAGAGUCCCAAGCCCAGCGAUGAAUUUGGUGGCUACUAUUAUCAACAGCCCAGCAGCACCAUCACAACCACCAGCACCACCAGCAAGCCAAUUGUGGUGCAGGAUUCCAGCGAGACGCUGGAGUUGGAGCAUGGCUAUGACUAUCAAGUGCCGGCACGCCCCUCCACGCCCGCGCCUGUCUAUCUGCCGCCCUCGCAGCUCAAUGCGGAGCAACAGCAGCAGCAGCUGCGACUGCGUCUCAAGGACAUGCGCUGCCUGCAGUCGGGAUACUUUCGAGCUGUGCUCAAGCUGGACAGCUUUCUAGGCGCUGCACCGGUGCUGGACUUGGAGCAGGAGCAGCUGCAGGAUAAGCGCUGUGAGCUGAAACUCUCACGCAGUUUACUGCUGCUGGACAUAGCGGGUGCGGACUUUGAGCGUUGCGGCGUUCGCUCAUGUGGUGAGGAUUUGUGUCUGAGGCUGCGCUUUCCAGCGAUUCGUGGACUGCGCACAGCAGCGGAUGCAAUUCUGACGCUGCACUGCAAGACGCAGGAGCGUGUGGCAUACAAAACGCAUGCGCUUAAAAUGGGCGUGGCCAAUGAUGCACAAUCCCGCAGCGCUGGCAGCUACGCCCAUGGUGGCAAUCAGAAUGCCUUUCGCACUCACGUGGAGCUGCUGCGACGUGGCAGCAACGGCUACACCCGUCAGCUGGAAACAGAUGGAGCUGUGCAGUUGGGCGAGGAUUUGCUGCUGCGAGCGCAUGUCUUGGCAGGCGAUGGUUGGAACUACACCAAGCUGAGCGAUGUGCAGCUGCAGCGCAUCUCGCCCAGCGGCGAGCUGCUGAACAGCGCUCAGUUGAUCACCACGCGCGGUUGUCUCAAUCCCGCCAUGCAAAGUGUUUGCGCUCAUGCUCCAAGUCUGGAGCCGCCGCUGGGUCAGCGGUUGCAUUUCAAGGCCAUCAUGUUUCCGGGCAUGCACAGUGGCGAUUUGCUGGUCAUGUCCAUGCGGCUGACUGGGUGCCUGGAGCAUGAGGAUUGCCAGCUCACGCCGCAGGACUGUCUGCCCGGCGUAGCUCAGCGACGCAGACGGGAUACACCGGAUCACAACAGCUCUGCAGCUUCAGAGAUUUCGCAUCUCAGCUUCAGAGUGCUCAUGCCGCAGUUGGAAGCCAGAGAACUGGAGCAAUCAGCUGCGGUCAGUGAGCAAUUCGCUAGAGUCUCCAAGUCUAUGGCGCUGUUCGGAACUUUGGGCUUUGUCGUGCUGUUAAUGGGCGUGGCUAUUAUUGCGAUUUACAAAUUGCGCAAAUGA